AUGUCUUCCGACAAGGACCUGCUCGAUUCCAAUAUGGUCGGCGUACGAGGAGCGCAGCGCUUCGCCAAGUUGCUGAGGACCAACAAGACGUUGCUGAGUGUGAGCCUCUUCACGACGAAGAUAAUUGACAAAGGCGCUGUUGCAAUUGGUCAAGCCCUUGCGGCGAACAGCACACUCGAGCUCCUCAUGAUAGGCGGGAACUCCAUCGGUCCCACAGGUGCUCAAGCCAUCGCCUCGUCCCUUGAGCUGAACACCACCUUGACCUACGUCGACCUUCAGUGCAACCACCUAGAUAACAGCGGUGCCGUUUUCCUCGCUCGGAUGCUCCAGUCCAACAAAACGCUCCGGACACUCGACAUGGGCAGAAGUUUCAUUCGCAGCGAUGGUAUAGUGGCAAUCGCUGAUUCACUCACGAACAACCCGACGCUCCUGGAGCUCUCCAUUGACGGGAGCCUGUUCACUGAAGAAGCGGUUGCGGCGUUUGCGCGCCUCGUCGCCUCCAAGAAGACGCUGAAGCACUUUCAUGCCACGCCAGGUUGCUGCCUUAGGUCAGCGGCGCCAUUCAAAGAAUUUGUCGAAGCCUUGGCGCUCAACCGAUUGCUUGCAGGCAUCGAAUUUUCCGCGGAGUAUCCCUGCUCGAUGCAGACACUCUUGCAAAAGCUGCGAUGCCACGAAACGCUUCGAGACCUUUCUAUCCAGACCAACGCACUGGACACCAGUCUUCUUUUCAACGCCCUGGCCUCCAACCGAUCGGUGCGAACAUUCGAAGUCGACAGCGUCUUGAGCUUGAGGAGUCUCAUGGCCUUGGCGAACCUACUUCGCGUCACGACAACCAUCCGCCCGGUAACUGUCAUGGACAAGGUUCGCAACACGUCCCUGAUGUGGCUCGUGCGCGGCCUGGCGUCCAACUCAAGCAUCUGGAGGUUCCGCGACUGUUCUAACAAACUCGGUGUCAGCCUCGGCAGAACGAUUGCCACGAUGCUUGUGGAGAACAUAACGCUCAGCGUUUUGAUCCUAGACGCUGCUCCCGUGGACGAACUCGGCCUUGUAACCCUGUUCGUCCUCAAGAUUGCGACGGACAACAGCUCUGCGGCAGCCUUCCAGCUAUAUCGGCGGAACGAGUACUUCGUGCACGAACUUUCUUUGCGUCCCGAAGGGUUGUCAGCGUUUUCCGUUGAUUCACUCGUCUGUGAAGCGAACAAGUACAUCCUGGAGAACUACUUUGUGAUCACCGGUGUGGUCAAGGGCGAGCUGGUUUGCCUGAGGCCGCAGAGGAGGACGGCGCUCACCGCGCAGCUUGACGAACUGAACGCGUACUGCCUCUACGUGGUCGCCUCCUAUUUGAAGGUGUCCGACGUUAAAGGCUGA